CAGUUAGUGGCAAUAUUUUCCGGUAGUUGGUUGGUUGGUCUUGGUUAAUUGCUGCGCUGCGAGUUCUCUCUGUCACUCUUAGCGUCGUUUAAUUUACUCGCGUGCAUUUAGUCUGUCUUUGUGGUGUUUUGUUCUAUUGACCAUUUAACACGAACUUUUUAAAUGUUUAUAUUUUUGUGAUAUUUAUUUUGUUUUUUCGUGUUCGAUUAAAUGUUUAAAAGAAAAUAUACUGUUGUUUCUUGAAUUUACGUUUAAUUUCCUCCUUUUGUUUAAAAAACCAACAAACUCUAAAAUGAAAAUCUCAACAAGUUCACUGUUGACACUGUUGGCCUUCGCUGGAAGCUGCUACUUCUCGUCGUUCUCUAAUGCUCAGUCAACAAACUCCUUUCAGCAAAAUUAUAACGAUGACAAUCCCCAUCUUAACGAAGUAUUAUCUCAAAUCUUGGUUCCACGAGUGGUGGGCAGUCCAGGUCAUACUGCAGUUCGUGAAUUUAUUGCAAAAGAAAUGCAAUCAUUAGGCUUUAACAUUGAAACAGACAAAUUUACAUCCAAUGUUCCAAUAUUUGGAAAUUUGACAUUUUAUAACUUGAUAGCAACUUACAACCCAGACGCUGAUGCAUUUCUUACACUUGCCUGCCAUUAUGAUAGUAAAUAUUUUAAAGACAUACCAAAUUUCCUGGGCGCCAUUGACUCAGCAGUUCCAUGUGCAAUAAUGAUUAAUGUGGCUAAAACUCUUUCUCCAUAUCUAAGUAAAAAUAUUAAAGGACGCAAGGAUAUUGGUUUGAUGUUAAUAUUUUUCGAUGGAGAGGAAGCGUUUUUAGAUUGGAAUGAUCAAGACUCCGUCUAUGGUUCUAGGCAUUUAGCUAGAAAACUUAGUGAGUCAACGUCAAUGCUUCGAAGCAAUCAGGUGACUCGAAACAUUGAUAAAAUCGAAGUUCUUGUGCUUUUGGAUCUUAUUGGUGCUGCAAAUUCGAAGUUCUACAAUUUCUACCCAAACACACAAAGUCUCCACAGUUCGUUGAGUGCAAUUGAGCAUUCGCUGAACAAACAAAAGCAACUGGAAGGUCACAAUUUGAUGUUUAUGAGGAAAUACGCAUCCGGUUAUGUUGAUGAUGACCACCGUCCAUUCUUACAACAAAAUGUUCCAAUUCUUCAUGUGAUCUCAACACCAUUCCCCAAACAAUGGCAUACCGCUGAUGAUAAUGCUGAGAACUUGCAUUGGCCAUCGAUACGUAAUUUCAACAAGAUCUUAAGAGUUUUUGUUUACGAGUACCUUAACAGACACACAGAGGGAGUGAAUUACAGAGCGUAGAGAAUUUUUGAUUUUUUUUUUUUUUAAGUGAAAAUGUUUUAUUAUAUCUUUACAACUUAUGUUAAUUAUUAAAAACAAGAUUUGUAUUUCGGAAAAUA